AUGAAAAUUGAACCACAUUCUAAUGUCCUCCUGCAUCACUAUUCUUCGAACAUCUCUCAUCUUCCAACCGGUGGAACUCGCCUUCUAAUUGAUGGAAGAACUUGCUUGCUUCAGAAUGAUCACGAUCCAUCAAAGUUAAUUGGAGAGACUCCAUGCAAGCUUCUGAGAUAUUUGGUUGCAGACGACAGUCACAUUGAUGCAGACACACCAUAUGCUGAAGUUGAAGUCAUGAAGAUGUGUAUGCCUCUUCUCUCCCCUGCUUCUGGGAUUAUUCAUUUCAGAAUGGCUGAAGGUCAAGCCAUGCAGGCUGGUGAACUUAUAGCAAGGCUUGAUCUAGAUGAUCCUUCUGCUGUAAGAAAGGCAGAACCCUUCACUGGGAGCUUCCUAAUCCUGGGCCCUCCUACAGCAAUUUCAGGUAAAGUUCAUCAGAAAUGUGCGGCAAGCUUAAAUGCUGCACGGAUGAUUCUUGCUGGCUACGAGCACAAUAUUGAUGAAGUUGUGCAAAGUUUGCUCAAUUGCCUUGACAGCCCUGAAUUACCUUUCCUUCAAUGGCAAGAAUGCUUUGCAGUUCUGGCAACCCGUCUUCCUAAAGAUCUAAGAAUUGAGUUGGAAGCUAAAUAUAAGGAAUUCGAGAUUAAUUCAAGCUCCCAAAAUAUUGAUUUCCCUGCCAAAUUAUUGAAGGGAAUUCUUGAAGAUCAUCUUUUCUCCUGUGCUGAUAAUGAAAAAGGAGCCUUAGAAAGACUAGUUGAACCUCUGAUGAGUCUUGUAAAGUCUUAUGAGGGUGGAAGAGAGAGCCAUGCCCAUAAAAUUGUACAAUCUCUUUUCGAAGAGUAUCUCUCAGUCGAAGAACUAUUUAGUGAUAAUAUACAGGCUGAUGUAAUUGAACGACUCCGUCUUCAAUACAAGAAAGAUUUGUUGAAGAUUGUAGAUAUUGUGCUCUCUCAUCAGGGUGUCAAGAGCAAAAAUAAGCUGAUACUGCGACUAAUGGAUAAACUGGUUUACCCUAAUCCUGCUGCCUAUAGGGAUCAAUUGAUCCGAUUCUCCCAACUCAAUCAUAUUAUUUAUUCUGAGUUGGCUCUUAAGGCUAGUCAACUUCUUGAACAAACUAAACUGAGUGAACUUCGAUCCAGCAUUGCACGAAGUCUUUCUGAACUAGAAAUGUUUACUGAGGAUGGUGAAAAUAUUGAUACUCCGAAGAGGAAGGGUGCCAUUAAUGACCGAAUGGAGGACCUUGUGAGCGCUCCUUUGGCAGUUGAAGAUGCUCUUGUGGGCUUAUUUGAUCACAGUGAUAACACCCUUCAAAGGAGGGUUGUGGAAACUUAUAUACGUAGGCUUUACCAGCCGUAUCUUGUCAAAGGCAGCAUCAGGAUGCAGUGGCACAGAUCUGGCCUUAUUGCUACGUGGGAGUUCUUAGAAGAAUACGUUGAACGGAAGAACGGGGUUGAAGACAAAACACUGGUGGAGAAACAUAGUGAGAAGAAAUGGGGAGUGAUGGUUGUAAUUAAAUCUCUUCAAUUUUUGCCAGCAAUUAUCAGUGCUGCAUUAAGGGAAGCAACCAAUAACUUUCACGAUGCACUUAAAAGUGGUUCUGUCGACUCAAAUAAGCACGGUAAUAUGAUGCAUAUUGGACUAGUGGGCAUCAACAACCAAAUGAGUUUACUUCAAGACAGUGGUGAUGAAGAUCAGGCUCAAGAAAGAAUCAAUAAGUUGGCCAAAAUACUCAGAGAGCAGGAAGUAGGGUCCAUAAUACAUGCUGCCGGUGUUGGAGAUAUUAGCUGUAUCAUACAGAGGGAUGAAGGGCGUGCUCCAAUGAGGUAUUCCUUCCACUGGUCAGCAGAAAAGCUAUAUUAUGAAGAGGAACCCUUGUUGCGGCAUCUGGAACCUCCGCUAUCCAUUUAUCUUGAAUUGGACAAACUUAAAGGCUAUGAGAAUAUACGCUAUACACCAUCCCGUGAUCGUCAAUGGCACCUCUACACUGUUGUGGAUACCAAGCCACAACCAAUUCAAAGAAUGUUUCUUCGAACACUUCUCAGACAGCCAACCACAAAUGAAGGAUACUCUGUUGCAUUCGCUGUUGCACGUUUUUUUCAGCGAGGUGGAACUUUCCAAAAUUACUACAUGUACCAUGGAGGGACUAACUUUGGCCGAACAACUGGUGGACCUUUCAUUUCUACAAGUUAUGAUUAUGAUGCACCUAUUGAUGAGUAUGGAAUUAUUAGACAACCCAAAUGGGGGCAUCUUAAAGAUUUGCAUAAGGCCAUAAAACUUUGUGAAGAAGCACUUAUAGCUACUGAUCCAACAAUUUCAUCUCCUGGUCCAAAUCUAGAGACUUCAGUUUACAAGACAUGA